CCAUGAGAGCAGCAGUCAUCUCCACUCCAAGGCUGGAUACAAUGCCAGGAAUGUUCUUCUCUGCCAACCCAAAGGGCAUGAAGGAAACCACACAUUCGUUUCUAGAGAACAAAACUCAAAAAAGAAGGCCAAGGGCUUUUGGAAUGGACAUGAAAGCACACUUGAGAUCUAUGAUGCCACAUCUGGAAUCUGGAAUGAAAUCUUCUAAGUGCAAGGCUAUACUUUCUGCUGAUGAAGUAAUUCAGUGGUCCCAAUCUCUGGAAAAACUCCUUGCAAACCCAACUGGUCAAGAUGUCUUUGGAAAUUUUCUAAAGUCUGAGUUCAGUGAGGAGAAUAUUGAGUUCUGGCUGGCUUGCGAAGAUUACAAGAAAACUGAAUCUGAUCUUUUAUAUUGCAAGGCACAGAAGAUAUACAAAGCAUUUGUGCAUUCAGAUGCAGCUAAGCAAAUCAAUAUUGACUUCCACACUCGAGAAUCUACAGCUAAGAAGAUUAAGGCACCAACCCCCACAUCUUUUGAUGAAGCCCAAAAAAUCAUAUAUACUCUUAUGGAGAAAGACUCUUACCCCAGGUUCUUGAAAUCGGCUAUUUACAUAAAUCUCCUAAGUGACCGUCAGGCCAAUAACUUUAAGUGAGUUGUUCCUAGUUGAGGGAAAUUUAAAAGAUGGUGUUCAGGACAAAGAAUACUGCCAAGGAGCUGCCAGGGUGAACAGCUCAGCUUGUUGGGAUAAUUCCAAAGGCCCAGUGAAAGAAUAAAUGAGUCAGAAUGAUACAACAUGGUGCAUCUGGUCAGACUUGAAGAAGCAUAAGAGAGAAGAACAUGGAGACUGAAGAUGGAGGAGGAGCUGUGUGGGCCUGUGUAUGAGAAACUGGCUAUACAGAAACUGUGAAGAAAAUUUCCAGGACAGAUAGGGCAAGCUAUAAGCUUUCAGUUCCACUGACCUCAUUCUGCUUAUUAUAAAGACUGUAUUAAGUUUCUGAAAUCCCCUUAUAAGUUUCAGAUCACCACUGUUAUUAGCACAGAAAUAUUUCAUAAGUGUUUUGUGUGUGUUUGGCUUAGAAGUAUUGAAGAGAACAGUGGGUAUAAUGUGAGUUACUGCUCUUAAAAUAUGAAGUCAGAAUAUAUUUGUAAUUAAGUUAUCAAAGUGUCAAUAAUAAAUGAGACUUUUGUAUUAAAAUAUAGA